AUGGCUAACGUAUACGCGUCGUCGGUCUUCAAGCCUGGUAUCUUCCAGAGCAAAGUGGUUUUCUGCACUGGAGGUGCUGGAACCAUUUGCCGCAGACAGACAGAAGCUCUUGUUUCAUUGGGCGCCAAUGCUGCCAUUUUGGGCCGCAAGAAAGAGGUUACUGAAAAGGCAGCAGCAGAAAUCCAAAGUCUAAGAAAGGGAAGCAAGGUUAUAGGUAUCAGUGCGGAUGUACGUGAUCUGAAGUCUUUGCAGGAUGCGGUCGCACUUUCUGUUAAAGAGUUGGGGAGAAUCGAUUUUGUUAUUUGUGGAGCUGCCGGGAAUUUCAUAGCCGACUUUCGACACCUUUCUGCGAAUGCAUUUAAAACAGUCGUCGAUAUAGAUCUGAUAGGAAGUUUCAAUACCGUAAAGGCGGCCUCAUCUGAAUUGAUCAAGAACAAGGGAUCAGUGAUAUUUGUAUCUGCUACCCUCCAUUACUACGGUGUACAAUUUCAGAGUCAUGUCGGUGCUGCAAAGGCAGGUAUUGACGCUCUAUCCAACGCGCUAGCGGUCGAGUUGGGUCCUUUCGGUGUUCGAUUCAAUUGUAUAGCACCAGGUCCCAUUGACGGAACUGAGGGGCUGGCGAGACUGCUGCCAGAUGGUGCCCGCGAGCAGGCGAUAAAAGCUGUACCCCUGCAGCGACUUGGAUCUAUAAAUGACAUAGCUGAUGCUACAGUGUUCCUGUUUUCAGACGCUGCAUCUUUCAUCACGGGAACCGUAUCGGUGGUGGAUGGAGGGGCAUGGCAAACUGGUCAAAUGCAAGCUCUUGCAUAUCCAGAUACCGUUCUCAACAGCGACAAACUCUGGAAUAAGAUGAAGAAAGCUAAGCUAUGA